UUUGAUAGCUUGCUCCCAUGAAUGGCCUCCUUUCACAAUACUGCAGCAAACUGCUCCUUCAUCCUGUCUGCCUUCUUCAGUUUAUCCAGUCUGCCCUCUAUGAUGACUGGAUACCCCAGUUCUCACCAACACGCUCUCUCCAGACCAGUCAAAUUGAGUGUGAACACAUAUCAGUGGUCGGAGCCGGUGCAGCAUACCCCAUCCCUAGAUGAUUGUGAAGCAGCUGAGAAGCGCCAGUCUGUCUGGUCCGCAUUCUGGCUUGAAGAAGGCCCCAAAGCCCAUGUCUCGCCACACUGCUCCUUUGCAAAGCGAUUUCUACAGCGGCUUUCAGCCCUCAAACAAAAGUUCCUAUCAUGCGUGCAGAGCAUGUGGGCAGCAAUCAACUCAGCCUGCUAG